GAGGCUCAAACCCCUCAAUUCAGAUGUAGUUCGUUGGGGGUUAGGCUCACUUGCUCUCUAUAUUUGUGCUGCACCCUAAACUAUGAGCACUGGUUGUCUUUGUUUUUCUCAGCUCAGUCUGUUUAUUGCAAGCAACUCCUCCUAGGUGUAGGACGGCGUGCUUUGUUUGGAAUAAUAAUGUAUCUGAAAAUAAUUUAUUAUUGUACCAGACUUUUAGCCAGUAUAUAUUCAUCUGCUACUACAUUAUUUACGCAUUAUGUCUAACCCUCUCCAUCUCUUAGGGAAGACAGAGAACAUGAAGUUGGUCCAUGCCAUAAACAAUGCUCUUGACAUUGCCAUGGAGACUGACUCCACUGCAGCCAUAUUUGGGGAAGACGUGGGGUUUGGAGGAGUCUUCCGCUGCUCUGCUAAUCUCAGAGAUAAAUAUGGCAGUAACAGAGUAUUCAACACCCCGCUGUCAGAGCAAGGGAUUGUGGGGUUUGGAAUCGGUCUGGCCACUCAGGGCUCCACUGCCAUAGCUGAGAUUCAGUUUGCCGACUACAUUCACCCAGCCUUCGAUCAGGUGGUAAAUGAGGCGGCCAAGUACCGCUACCGUUCUGCCAGCCACUACCACUGUGGUCCGCUGACGGUCCGGGCCCCGUACGGUGCGGUGGGCCACGGUGGCCACUACCACUCCCAGAGUGUGGAGGGAUUCUACGCCCACGUCCCCGGCAUCAAGGUGGUGAUUCCUCGUGGACCGAGUCAGGCCAAGGGUCUCCUCCUGGCCUCCAUACGGGACCAAAACCCAGUCUUCUUCUUUGAGCCCAAGUGGCUCUACCAGGCAGCCGCCGAGGAGGUGCCAGUGGCUGACUAUGAACUCCCUCUAUCAAAGGCUGAGAUACUUCAGUCAGGUAGUGAUGUGACGGUGCUGGGCUAUGGGUCUCAGAUACAGAUCCUGAGACAGGCGUGUGAGAUGGCCCAGUCAGAGUUGGGAGUCUCCUGUGAGCUCAUUGACCUCCGCACCAUCCUACCCUGGGAUGAGGACACCGUCAUUCAGUCUGUGUGUAAGACUGGGAGACUGGUAGUAUCUCAUGAGGCUCCACUAACUGCUGGCUUCGGAGCCGAGCUAGCGGCCACUGUUCAGGCGGAGUGUUUCAACCACCUGGAGGCCCCCAUUCAGAGAGUGUGUGGCUGGGACACUCCGUUCCCGCUCAUCUUUGAGCCUUUCUACAUACCCAACAAAGUCAGGUGUUUCGACGCCAUCAGAACUGUUGUGGACUAUUGAUGUCUGUUGCUGUUUGAAACAUACAUAAAAUGAGUUUUUGCCACUUGCAGCAAA